AUGAUGCCUGGCAUGAGUUCCAACUUAGAGGAGGAUCCGAACAAGGAGUCGUUUGAGGAAGUGGACCCCACCGGCCGAUAUGGUCGGUACAGCGAGCUCCUUGGCUCGGGGGCUGUGAAGAAAGUAUAUAGAGCCUUCGACCAGGAAGAAGGGAUUGAGGUCGCCUGGAACCAAGUCAAAUUGCGAAACUUUUCGGAUGACGAGACCAUGAUCAACCGGCUGUUUUCCGAGGUCCGCCUGCUCCGAAACCUGAGGAACAAGAAUAUAAUAGCCUUGUACUCUGUCUGGCGGGAUAAAGAGAAGAACACGCUGAAUUUCAUAACUGAGGUUUGUACCUCGGGUAACCUGAGGGAGUACCGAAAGAAGCACAAGCACGUCUCGAUGAAGGCCCUCAAGAAGUGGUCCAGGCAGAUUCUGAAAGGCCUGGAUUAUUUGCACAGGCAUGAGCCGUGUGUGAUUCAUAGGGACCUCAACUGUAGCAACAUCUUCAUCAAUGGAAACGUUGGUCAGGUAAAAAUUGGCGAUUUCGGCUUGGCGGCAAUAGUUGGGAAAAACCACUCGGCCCAUUCGGUUCUUGGAACACCGGAAUUCAUGGCGCCCGAGCUGUAUGACGAGAACUACACGGAGAUGAUAGAUAUAUACUCUUUUGGCAUGUGCUUGCUCGAGAUGGUGACUCUCGAGCUUCCGUACAGCGAGUGUGAGAAUGUGGUCAAGAUAUACAAGAAAGUGACAUCUGGGGUGAGGCCUCAGGCCAUGAACAAGGUCAAGGAUCUCGAGACCAAAGCAUUUAUUGAGAAGUGUCUUGCUCAGCCAAGGGCCAGGCCAUCAGCUGCCGAACUCCUCAAGGACCCAUUUUUCAAUCAGAUUUGUGAUGAUGAUGAUGGUGAUGAUGAUGAUGCUAACAGGUGUUGA